GUCACGGUGAGUUACAGCUUUCCCCCCUCCUUCCUAUGUGGCGCACAGCUCGACACACUGAGAUGGAGGAAUUGAGCUAGACUACUGAUCAGCUGAGCCAAGAGCCUCCUGGUAAACACAGCGGUGCAAACAAAUUCCUUAACUGGGCAACCUCAAGGAAGGCAUCUCUGAGGGAAGCACCCCCGCCCCCUCCUCCUCAUUCCUCAGAGAUCCAUGUUACACACAUGACACUUCGGGCACUUCACCCUAUUUCAUUUUGUUUUUUUCUCUUCCUAUCAGAGACAAACAGCUUUUGCUGCUUCAUCUUUACAAUCUGACUGUGCUGCUCUCAGCAGAUGUAUAGCCCUCUUAAAAAAAAACAGGGAUGAAUCUGGCGUGCUUUUAGACCAACCCUCAAGUGUGUUUUUACUUUGUGGAACUGAUGAGCUGCUUUGUUGAAAACAUUUCUGCAACUUGGAAAACAAGAAAAUAAAAACCAUCAUUCCCUAGGCAGAAGACAGUUGUCUUGUUAAGGACUGAUUCAAGAGUUUCCCUUUAAAUUGGAAUGAAAAACACACUACUAUUGACAGCACAAACAUUCUUAUUAUUGUUAAAAUUGUAAAGUUGUCAAAAUCUCAAAAUCUCCAGGACCUUUUUAACUUUCACUCUCUUCUGCAAAGUUUAACCUUUUACAAAGCUGAAAUCCAGACAUUUUGACAAUGUUGGAACUUCAAAAUAUAAACAUAAAGCUGGCCAAAACUGCCAGCUCAAGAGGAGGUCUCUAGGAUGCCAUAAUGAGCAGCAUGGCUGGACUAAAGCACUGAACAGAUCGUGGAGACCCUCAUGACCACACAAACCUAAAAGUCACCUCAAACCACGUGAACAAAAAUAAUUUCUCUCACUUUAACCUAUGCCUGCGACUGGUGCAAGGAUGCCCUGUGCUGCCGCCUGCUGUUCUUGAGAGAGAGAGAGAGAAGGAGGAGAACAGGAAGGAAAUGACAGAGUGCCUGACAGAAUGCAAAGCGCUGGUGACUCCAUCCACGCGCAACGGCCACCGUGUCUUCAGCUAUACAUUAGAGAGCCACACGGCAGCAGCCUUCGCCAUCAUGAACGAGCUGCGUCUGGAGCGGCAGCUGUGCGAUGUCACACUGCGUGUGCGCUACAAAGACCUGGAGGCUGUGGACUUUGUAGCUCACAAGGUGGUGCUGGCCUCUUCGUCCCCUGUGUUCAGGGCCAUGUUCACCAACGGCCUGAAGGAGUGUGGAAUGGAGCUGGUUCCCAUCGAGGGGAUACAUCCCAGGGUCAUGGACCGACUGAUAGAGUUCGCCUACACGGCCAGCAUCUCUGUAGGAGAAAAGUGUGUGAUUCAUGUGAUGAACGGCGCCGUUAUGUACCAGAUUGACAGUGUGGUCAAAGCCUGCUGCGACUUCCUUGUGCAGCAGCUCGACCCCAGCAACGCUAUCGGAAUCGCCAACUUUGCUGAGCAGAUUGGAUGCACGGAGCUCCAUCAGAAGGCCCGCGAGUACAUUUACAUGAACUUUAGCCAGGUGGCGACUCAGGAGGAGUUCUUUAACUUGUCUCACUGCCAGCUGGUUACCCUCAUCAGCCGAGAUGAGCUCAACGUGCGCUGUGAGUCAGAGGUCUUCCAGGCAUGUGUAGCCUGGGUGCGCUACGACCGCGAGAACCGGCGGCCAUACGUACAGGCCUUACUCCAGGCUGUCCGCUGCCAUUCCCUCACACCUAACUUCCUGCAGGCCCAGCUCCAGUCCCUGGACUGGGACCCUCAGUGUAAAGACUACCUAGCCCAGAUCUUCCAGGAUCUCACCCUCCACAAGCCCACCAAAGUCAUCUCCUGCCGAACACCCAAGGUGCCACAGCUCAUCUACACAGCGGGGGGUUAUUUCCGACAGUCUCUCAGCUACCUGGAGGCAUACAACCCAUGCACAGGAGCCUGGCUGAGGCUUGCUGACCUGCAGGUUCCCCGCAGCGGCCUGGCAGCCUGUGUCAUCAGUGGGCUUUUCUACGCCGUUGGAGGAAGGAACAACGCUCCUGAUGGCAACAUGGACUCAAAUGCACUGGACUGCUACAACCCUAUGAACAACUGCUGGCUGCCGUGUGCACCCAUGAGUGUUCCCAGGAACCGAAUUGGAGUGGGUGUCAUUGAUGGCAUGAUAUACGCUGUUGGUGGAUCACAUGGAUGCAUUCAUCACAACAGUGUUGAAAGAUAUGAUCCAGAAAGGGACCAUUGGCAGCUUGUUGCCCCUAUGUUGAUUCGGCGUAUAGGUGUGGGUGUUGCUGUCAUUAACCGGCUGCUUUACGCUGUUGGGGGUUUCGACGGGGCCAACCGGCUCAGCUCCUGCGAGUGCUACAACCCAGAGAGGGACGAGUGGAAGACCAUGGCCCCCAUGAACACUGUGCGCUCUGGAGCUGGUGUUUGUGCACUGGGAAACCACAUCUUUGUGAUGGGUGGAUAUGAUGGGACCAACCAGCUGAACACAGUGGAGCGCUAUGACGUGGAGACUGAUACAUGGAGUUCUGCUGCCUCCAUGAGGCACAGACGCAGUGCUCUGGGAGUCACUGCGUUACAUGGACGCAUCUAUGUACUGGGAGGUUACGAUGGCAACACUUUCCUGGAUAGUGUGGAGUGCUAUGACCCAGAAAAAGACACCUGGUCCGAGGUCACCCACAUGACGUCAGGGCGGAGUGGCGUUGGUGUGGCUGUUACCAUGGAGCCUUGUCAGAAAGAACUGCCAUGUCAGACGUCUGAGAAGGAGAACAUAGCAGCCCCAGCAGCUUAUCAGUCAGCGAACUCCAGUUUCAGCUCACACCACAAUCAGCGGCACAGCGGCUCCUUCAGCAAAGGCUCAUGAACCUCAUCAUUAGAUCUUCACGUACACGUUCAAACACUGAUGAGCCCCCUGAGCUCCACCCUGUCUUCCCAAAUCAAAUAAAGAAAGACCGUCAAUAUGAUUAGAGACAGAGGUGAACUGAUAUCACACAUGCUGCCUCACUGAUUCAAGAGAUCACAAAUUUGAAACACCUCAUUUUGAAGAUGCGGUGCAAAUCUCAUCUCUAAAGUAACAAAACAUAAUUUGAGUAUCCCAUAUGGGGUUUAAGAUCACGUUACAUUAGAAUCCAAAGUCCAGUUUUCAAGGCAUGAUGUGCAAAUAAUUUGCCGGUAAGUAAAUCCUCUUUGGCCAAAUUUCAAGGACCUCAGCCUGUGAGAUUGAAGUCCUCAGUUGGAGCAUUGCCUCCUAGGUCAGAGCCAUAGGAAGAAAGGGCUGCAGGCUAAUAAAAAACAAUGGGACAUUUACUAGCCCAAAGAGUCAUUAAGGGCUCUUUAUACUUCAAGAGCAACCCAUGCAAAAUUAAAAGCGUAAGGGGAGAAAAAAAGUGGACUGAGUAGCAUUUGUCAACAUAGGCCGUUAGAUUUCAAAGUGCCAUUAUGAUGCCUAUGGGCAUUACCGUCAGCAGUAUAUCGACCUGAGGAGCAGCACAGACAGACACUGUGUGAGAUGAAGAAACCUAGAAACCCAGACAGCCAUGAGAUGAAGCUUAAACAUGCUGAUUGGCCUCAUGCAAGAGCAGCCUCUUUUUAUCAAGCUCUUCUUACUCCUCUAAUAUGAUUGCAAGUUUGAGUCCUACCUGUUCUACACUAUUUGAAUAUUUAACACGAGGCAACUCCUGUCUGAGGCCACUUUUCCCUCACAAAAUUCUAAUCCAAGAAUAAAUCAAAAACAGCUUCAUUCAUAUUUGCUUUGGCAACAUUUAAACUCACUCCUCCUUUUAUGCUUGGGGAGAUUAAAUCUGUUCAUACCACACAAUUUGUUCUUGCAUUAGGCACAAUGUGUCACAGUCAAGCAUUGGUACUGUACAGGAGUAGCAGGACGUGAAAGUAACGGCAUAGUAACAAAAUGUGUCUUUUCACUAAUCUCCACUGAUAGGUUUUAUUAAUUGAUUUUUAUUUUUGGUAGAGGUGUUGGCCAGGGAUCAUAGUAUAUGGUAUUUGGAGUGCCAAAAGAGGGAAGAAACAGGUUGUGAUUGUGUUUAGAGGAAAGGGAUUACUGUAGCAUUUAAAUUCAAUGAACUGAUUGUGUUUUAUUAAAACACUAAUCACUGACAGAAUGCGGACUCCUCCCUACAGUCAACUUUUUGGUUACUCUUUCACCAGACCUCAGAAACACAAGUGACCAUGUUUGUGCAUUAGUGUUCAGAUAUUGUAUGCUAAUGACAAAAAACUUGCUUAAAGAAGUGUAUUUGUAACAGCAAUUUAAGCUACAAACGUUUUUAAGUGAUGUUUUUGUACAUUGAUAUCUUAAGAAGUCUUGUACAGAAUUUCAGAGCUCACUUUUUUAUUUAUUUGUUCAAAUCCUUUUGGUUUUCUUGCUUCCCUGAACUGACAUCAGCUUUGUAUUGAAUUGGACUCUGGUGUUUGUGUUUUUGAAUAACUAGCAUGCAAUGUGACCAAGUAGGAAUGCCUGUUAGUGCUAAUUUGGAUGUUUGUAAGAAAAAAAUGUGCUUCACUGAAAGGGACUGUUUUAUUUUCCUUGUCCAUCAGUAGUUGGAAUGAAAUGUGGACUAUUUAAGAUCUGCUUUGUACAUUUUUUCCAGCAAAAAUACCCUGUACAAUAAUGCAUCGUUAAGUAAAAAAUAUGUUUAUUUAA